AGUUACAACUCAGAAAUGUUGCAUCGAAAUCUCUUGUUCAAGAGAUGAUGACGAAACUCUUACAAAUUUGGGAAAUUUUCGAUGAAAUGAAUGAAAAAUGGAAGAUGCUGCUUCCUCUCAUUUACGUGCAUUUUACGAUCGAUUGCUGUUUUUAUACAUAUGUUGGUCUUUUUGUACAGAUAGAUAAAGUUGUUCGAGUGUAUUGUUUAUGUAUCGGUGCGGUAUUAUCGUCUCUAACGUUAUCAGCUGCCUGGGCAUUAUCGAUAUUCACUUCAGUUGUAUACGAUAAUUUAAUUACAAUCGGAAAAUUUUAUUCUUAUCUAAAAUCCUUGGAGUACAUAUUCAAAAUUAUUUCCUUCAUGAAGAGAUUCGGAGGAAGACCUUUUGGUAUAUCCAUGGCUGGAUUUUUUUAUGUAAAGAAAAACUUUUUGAUAAGGAUGCUGCACUGCCUGUAUUCUAUAUUGUCUUUACUGAUCGAAGUAACGGGAGUUAUGCAGAAAAACAAGUGCCUUUUGAAAAGUAGUAAAAGUGUUGCACUUACAAACGAAACAGUCUUUUAGUUACAGUAAAACUCCGUUUAUUCGUUUCUUAUAAAACGUUCAUCCUUUUUAACGUUAAAUGUUCGUGAAACAAUACAAUACGUACUUUUGUAUGUACUGAGUAGCUUCGUAUUAAUGGAACGUUAAUCUUCUUAUUGUUUUUUGUUUGGUAAAGCGAGUAAGUUUAUUAUCAAUCAUUGAAAAGUGUUUUUAGUGUGGAGUUUUCAGACUUUUAUUCAAAUACUGAAUUAAUUUCGGUUUAUGCAGAAAUUUUUUACUGUACCACCUCUAUAUGUGUAUGCAUGUAUAUGUGUUUGUGUGUGUUGACGAAUAUUUUGUUUAUUAUCUCUGAAUGUAGAAAUGAUAAAGAAAAAUAGUUUGACGUGGUGACUUCGAUAUAAAAGGCAUUUAUGCUUGUGAAUUUUGGUGGUUAAAGGUUGACGGGAUGAAGAGAUUGAUGAAAUUUUAUGUGUUAUUAAGUGGAAUGUCUGAAAGUCAAAUUCAAGUAAUUAAUGCCGAUAUCGCUCGACAUUAAGAUUUAGAUUUUUGUGUAUAUUCUUUAAAAGUUAAUAGUAAAUCAUUAUCUUUUUUAUUCGCUCUGUGUUCCAUAAUCUCUUUUCUACAAUUGAAUAUUCGUUAUAGAAUACAAGCACUCUUUACAGAUUCUGUUGUAAUUCGAAACCUCGAUUACAUAUUGUGCUCUGCUAAAUAUGAAAACACAUCAGAACAGUGUAUAGUUGUUUGCACACGUUUCAAUAUUUUGCUGGAUUUACUGAUUGUCUUGAAGCGUUUUCAUAAUGACUAAAACACAAUAUUUAAACCGCGUAUUAAAUGACAAUAAUAUUUACAAAAGAAGUCGUCUUUAUUGUACGACAAACAUUCAGCUGUAUAGAACAGAUUAUACACACAGAUCGAUG